AUGCCACGGAGAGAAUCGUUGCCGUACUUAGAAACUCUGAUUCCUAAAAUGGAAAAGGAAGAGAGUAGAUAUUGCUCGUCAUUCAACAGGAAGUCAAAAUACCCUUUGCUACUUCUAACUUGGAAUAAAGCAUUGACUUUGGACUUCUGCGAGCUUGCACUUCUGAUAGCGAAACACUACUGCAGUCCAUGGAUCCCAUUGUGUAAGAGAAGAGCUCAAUUUGCCAAAGCUCUGAUAGCUAAGGCGAACAGAAUACACUCUAUGCCUUAUGAACUCUCCUCAGAUGUGUUCAAGGCUCCGAUUAAUGGGCACAGGUGUUGCCCCUUAGCCUCGAAGCGUGGGGACGACGGCUUUUUUUUCUAUAGCUUUUUUCUAGGCCCUAAGGACUAUAGGAACGAUUGGUUAGGUAAAUUGGCCGCUGUCAAUCCUCUAACUUUUAAGGAUGGGACAGUACCAAUCAAUGUGAAUUAA